AUGGGCAACUUGCUGAUUCGAGGAUGGGUCCUCGCCGCAUUGGCUAUGCAAAGCUAUGCUUUGGCGGAUACUAUUACUCCGACCACGACUGCUGAACCAGUUUGCUCAUCUUCCACGCCCAUUGCUAUCUCAUCGUCGUCGGCUCCUACCUCAACACCUCUCUACCAAACAACAGCCGUGACUUCUGUGCCAGGACCCGCUGCCUCUGGCAAGCCUCAGCCAUCUGGAGGAGCACCUGACCAGUCAGGUAGCCCCCUCCCGGAUACUACAGUUUCACCUACAGGCUCUGCUCCUACAGGCUCCGCCCCUGAAGGUUCUGUUCCUGAAGGCUCUGCUUCCACUGGCCCUGCUCCCACUGGCCCUGCUCCCAAUGGUCCUAUCCCUACUGGCUCUGCUUCUACUGGUCCCGCGGCUCAGUCGACUACUUCCACCAUUGUCUCCACUCGUACCGCUACCAUCACAGCCUGUCCGUCGGCGACCCCGAACUGCCCGCCAUCUUCCAAGACUACUUUUGUGACCACCGAGACUGUGGUAGUUUCGACGACAGUUUGCCCAGUGGCUGAUGCUACUCAGACUACAACUUUCCCUGCAGGUGGACAAGCAUCUGUGAAGCCUGAGGGACCUGAGUUUACCACUUCCACCGUCUUCAGCACCCGCACUGCCACCAUCACUGCCUGUCCAUCCUCUGUGACCAACUGCCCUGCGCGCUCCAAGACGACAUAUCUGACAACCGAGACCAUUGCGGUGACCACAACCGUCUGCCCAGUCGCCGAUGCUACUCAGACCACAUCUCCUUCAAUUUCGGGUGGCGAAGCUCCUACCAAGUCUGAGGAGCUUGGGUAUACCACUUCCACCAUCUUCAGCACCCGCACUGCUACUAUCACCGCCUGUCCAUCUUCCGUUACUGACUGCCCUGCGCGAUCAAAGACAACCUCCAUUACCACCGAGACUGUUGCGGUUUCUACCACAAUCUGCCCCAUCACCGAGGCUGCGGGUGCUACCCAGACCCCGUCUGUUUCUGGAUCCACAGGUGAAGGCGCUGGUGCCCAGGACAAUGGAAAUGGGGGCUCCGAGUCGACUAUUUCCACUAUUUGGACCACCAGAAUCGCGACUGUCACUGCUUGUCCAGCCUCCGUGACCAACUGUCCCCUGCGCUCCAAGACAACCUACUUGACCACCGAGACCGUGGCUGUCGGAACUACUGCAAUUGCUGCGUCCGCACAGGCUACGUCUCCCUCCGAGGACGUCACAGUCACCCAGGCUGGCGUUGUGGGUUCUCAAGCUACCGAAACAAUCACGGCCGUUCCUGAGGCUACCGCCGGCGCUUCAUCUCAAUCUUCUGGUGCAACUGGGGUAUACACCACUCUCUACACUGUCGAGUCAUGCGGCAACAGCAAUUCUUGCACUCAAUACGUCAGAACUGUUGUGAUGACGCAGACCAACGUUGCUCAACCCACUAUUACCUCCUCCAUGGUCAAGCCCGUGUAUGGCUCCGGCAUUGGCGGCAUUCCUACUCCUUCUGCCUCGGCACACGUGGGACAACAGGGUAGCCAGAGCGGUGCAGUGAAUGCAGGUGGUGCUUCAAGCACGAGCAGUGCGGCGUACGCUGUCUACACUGGCGCUGCAUCCGGGAACCUUCAGUACUCUUUGCUGAAGAUGAUCGGUACAGCCAUGGUCAUGCUGGUAGCAAUUUUGGCUUAG